UCUUUAAAAAUAUAAUCGUUCGUUUAAAUUCGGUUGCAUUAAAACGUUUCCUCAAAAGAGGGACACUUCUAAAUACUAUUAACCGUUUUUGACCACAACAACAGAACCACUAACCACAACAAUGGCAAUUUUGCACCGAGCCCUCUUCACCUGGUUCAUAUUUCUGGUGUUCCUGAUCCUCCUAUGCUUGCGACUGGAGUCCAAGACGCACUGGAACUGGUUCAUCGUGUUCAUCCCGAUGUGGGUGUACGACAGCAUCCUGCUAAUAUACGUGUUGUUCCACAUGAUCUCUCACUGCAGGAACGGGCUGGAGCGGUUCCGAGGGACCAUCAACAAACACGUCUGGUACAUUGCGGCUAUUGGACUAAAAAUGGCGGCGCAAAUCAUAAUAUGUAUUAAACUAGAGUACACGAAAGUACACCUGCCCAUUUACGUUGUGAUGACGCCAAUAUGGAUGCUGCUGCCAGUUCUCUGUAUGGAGGUGUUCAUUCACUUAAUAAAACAUUCGAGCGGCGGCAGUCGGUACUAG